UGCAUCUUUGUUUGCAAACGUGGAUAAGCGUUUUGUCAUCCCACUGAUUCUAUUGAAAUUGGAAAGUAUUGGAGAAGAGGAACCGGAUGCUCGUCUCCUCCCUUCGUCACUCCUCAGGAUAAUGAACGCUAAUGAACCUCUCUCUCUUUCUCUCCCAGCUUUUCCGGAAUCUACACACAGAAGAGAGAGCGUGACAUCCCCAAUCCAAUGGCGACUGUUUUGAAAUGGUACAAACCCUUGCUUCCGCUCCGCCGCUCACUCUUUCACCGCAAAAGCUUCACCUCCAAAACACUCUACUCCGGAACGAAUUUCCGCGUUCCCACUGUUUCUGCCAUCAAUUACCGCAAUAAAGAUCAGUCGUUGACGAGUUGCUGCGGUAAAGACCUCAAAAAAAACCCAGCUAGUGAUAAUUAUAAUGGUAGAGAAAUAAAAAAGGAGCUGUGGCUAUACAAUACGAUGAGCAGGCAAAAAGAGUUGUUUAAGCCGAAAAUUGAUGGGAAAGUAGGAAUGUAUGUGUGUGGCGUCACUGCGUACGAUCUCAGCCACAUUGGCCACGCCCGAGUUUACGUUGCUUUCGACGUGCUUUACAGAUACCUUAAGUACUUGGGAUAUGAAGUCAACUAUGUCCGCAAUUUCACUGAUGUUGAUGACAAGAUUAUUGCCAGGGCAAAUGAGUUGGGUGAAGAUCCAAUUAAUUUAAGCAGAAGAUAUUGUGAAGAAUUUCGUCAUGAUAUGGCAUAUUUAAACUGCCUUCCCCCUUCCGUGGAACCUUGUGUCUCAGAUCACAUGCCGCAAAUUAUUGAUAUGAUUAAACAGAUACUUAAUAAUGGGUGCUCAUACACGAUCGAUGGGGAUGUUUAUUUCUCUGUAGACAAAUUCCCUGAGUAUGGUCGAUUAUCUGGACGUAGAUUAGAAGAUAACAGGGCAGGUGAACGGGUGGCUGUAGACUCCAGGAAGAAAAAUCCAGCUGACUUUGCUUUAUGGAAAUCAGCAAAGGAGGGAGAACCAUUUUGGGAGAGUCCAUGGGGUCCUGGAAGGCCUGGAUGGCAUAUUGAGUGCAGUGCCAUGAGUGCUGCUUAUUUAGGUUAUUCUUUCGACAUACAUGGUGGAGGAAUGGAUCUUAUUUUUCCCCAUCAUGAGAAUGAGAUUGCACAAAGUUGUGCUGCAUGCCAUGAAAGCAGUGUGAGCUAUUGGAUACAUAAUGGAUUCGUUACCAUCGACUCUGAGAAGAUGUCAAAGUCUCUUGGAAACUUUUUCACAAUUCGACAGGUUUUAGAACUUUACCAUCCACUGGCUUUGAGGCUUUUUCUUAUGGGAACUCAUUACCGUUCCCCAAUCAACUACUCAGACCUACAGCUUGAAAGUUCAUCAGAUCGUGUUUUCUAUAUCUUUCAGACAUUACACGAUUGUGAGAGGAUCCUUACACAGUAUGAUGAAGCUAGUUUGAAGGAUUCUAUUCCACCAGGAAUUGCGACUUGCAUCAAAAACUUUUAUGAUGAAUGUUUGGCAUCAAUGUUGGAUGAUCUUCAUACUCCUGUAGCUUUGGCUGCGAUGUCUGAACCGUUGAAAACCAUCAAUGAUCUUUUACAUACUCGGAAGGGAAAGAAGCAAGAACUCAGAAUAGAGUCACUUGCAGCUUUAGGAAAGGCAAUUGGAAAUAUUCUUACUAUUUUGGGGCUCUUGCCAGAUAGUUACUCUGAGGCGUUGCAGCAACUGAGAGAUUAUGCACUGAAACGCGCAAGGUUAACAGAAGAUCAAGUUGUGCAGAAGAUCGAAGAAAGGAAUGCUGCAAGAAAAAAUAAAGAUUAUGAAAAAUCUGAUGCAAUUCGAAAAGAAUUGGCAGCUGUAGGCAUUGCACUCAUGGACAGCCCAGAGGGUACAACUUGGAGACCUGCUAUUCCUCUGGCAUUUCAAGAGCUGCAGUUCUCAGCAAGUUGAGUAAUCUUGGAACACCAAUCACAGAGCACUGACAUUGGUUAAGAUUUUAAUGGAGAUUUCUGCCUUGCUGAGUGUUCUCUGUAGUGUGCAGAAACACAACAAAUUUUGUACUGUUUAGUUCCAAAUAAACAGCCUCUUUUUGUACAUUACCUGCCUAAGAUUUUGAAUGUGAUGUCUCGGUGUUUAUAAUUUAUUGAGACUUCUUUUCUGA